UGCAGGAAGCCCUGCCAGAGAACCAGCCCCUCCACUGGGGUGGCAGCAACGUGGUCAUGGCUGUGGGGUCGAGGUGCUGCCCUCUGGCUCUAUUGAAAUGUGGAGGGUUGGGGACCAGUUCGGAGGUGAUAGCGAGGAGCAGGUCCUGUACAAAUGUGGGGAAGGUGGUGACUGUGGGGGGGCUCCCAGUUCAGAAAUGGGCCCAUCCCAUCCGCACCCCCAACCCCGUUCCCUCUCCCCAUACAGAUGGCUGAGGCGUUUGCAGUGAUGAGACAGGAGUUAAACAGGAGAGCAGAAGAAGCCACCAGGAGGGAAUAUGACCAAUUUGUGCAGGAGCUGGACCGUGACCACCAGAGCAUGAGCAGCUGCCUGAGGGUUAAGCCCCUGGAGAUGCAGCGACGCCUGGAGGGGAAACGCCAGGAGCUGCUGGAGCGCUGCCGGGCGGGAGCUGCAGGGCGAGGACCCCCAGAAACAGGUGGCACUGGAGGAGCUGAAGAAGGAGCUGGACAAGCAGAUGGCAGAGUUCCUGCCGCGAUAUGAACAGCACUUUAAAAUGGCAGCGAUGAUAGAGAAGGAAAACAGAAAAGCAGUAGAAGCCUCCAGGAGGAAAUAUGAACAAUUUGUGCAGCAGCUGGACCGUGACCACCAGAGCAUGCGCCGCUGCCUGAGUGUGAAGCCUGCGGAAAUGCAGCGACGCCAGGAGGGGAAACGUCAGGAGCUGCUGGAGCGCUGCCAGGGGGAGCUGCGGGGCGAGGAUCCCCAGAAAGAGGCGGCCCUGGAGGAGCUGAAGGAGGAGCUGGACAGGCACAUGGACGAGUUCCUGACGGCCUAUGGGCAGCCCUUUAAAGUGAAAAAGGCCGAGUGGUUGGGCCUGGCCAUGGGUCGGGGGGUGGUUCCUGGCAGUGGUGGGUGCGGGUAUCAGAGUAGGCAUCAGGGCGAGUGUAGUUGUAGUGGGGCUGGAGGAAGCAGUGGCCGUUGGGGUUCUGGCUGGGGGCUUUGGCCUGAUGGGGGGGGAGGGUUGGGCAGCUGGGUGGGCCCCAGUUUGGAUGGUAGGUGGACUCGAGCAAGACAGGCACCAACACCCUAGAUCAGGGGGAUGAGUGGGAGAGCAGGGCAGGAUGUUCAGAUCAGGAGCCCCUUCUGUGGAGGGACACACAGCGGGAAGGAACCAUCACACCUCACUCUGGUAAAGGGUCUGUGCCAGCCCUCAGCACUGGGAACCUCUGUAUGCAAGGGGAUAGAUAGGUAGAUAGAUAGAUAGAUGGGGCGUGUGGGGAUAGAGAGAUAGAUAGAUUGAUAGAUAGAUAGGGUGUAUGGGAAUAGAUAGAUUAGAUAGAUG